AUGAAGAAACAAGACACCGUUUCUCCUGCCGUGGCAGCGUUGGAAAAGGCCGAGACGGCAGAGGAGCACCCAGCAAAAGACUCGUAUCCGCCGAUAUCCUCGAUCCCGAGCACCUCACCCGAGCGCCUCGCACAAGCAGCCGAAGAUGCCCCCAAAGAUGUCGCGAGCAUCGCCGAAACCGUCCUUUACCUUGCCUACGGCUCCAACAUGUGCGCCGAAACAUUCCUUGGAAAGCGAAGGAUACGGCCGCUUUCUCAGAUGAACGUCUCCGUCCCCCUCCUGCGCCUAACAUUCGACCUCCCCGGAUUGCCGUACCGAGAGCCGUGCUUCGCGAACGUCGGAUAUCGAAAACUCCCUGACCCCAAGCUGCCCGAUCCCCUCCAUCCACCCAUCGUUCCGCCGCUGGACCCUCGAAAGCCGGGGUUCGAAUGGGACGGCGGCCUUAUGGGAGUCGUAUACGAAGUGACACGGGAAGAUUGGCGAAACAUUAUGCGAUCUGAAGGCGGUGGCUCCGGCUAUCAGGAGAUCAUGGUGCCCUGUAUUCCCUUGCCGGCGGAUGUUGGCGUGCCAGAGAAGCCCACGAUACCGCCCUUGCCCAAGCCUUUCCUUGCACAGACGCUGUAUGCCCCGUACAUCCCGCUUCCAGAGUCAGGAAAGAAGUCGUGGUGGGCCAGGUUCGUCACCGGUCCUCAUAGGCCCAAGCCCGACUAUGCCCAGCCGAGCGCCCGAUAUCUGAAGCUCUUGGUGGACGGUGCUCGAGAGCACAACCUCCCCCAAGUCUACCAGGACCAUCUGGCGUCGAUGCAGCCGUACACCCCGACGACCCUCCGACAGAAGAUCGGCCAGAACGUGUUCCUCCUUGUCUGGGCCCCAAUGCUGCUGUAUUUCUUCACCAUCACGACCUUUUUGGCCGACGAGAGGGGCAAAGUGCCGCGGUGGUGCGCGAACACGAUCUCGGGGCUGUUUGGCAUCAUGUGGUACAGCUACGACAAGCUGUUUGUCCACAUAUUUGGCGACGGCGAGCGAACGCAAGAAUCGAAGAAAAAGUCGACGAGACGCAAGUCGUUUGCUAACGGGACAGACGAGGAGAAGGCAGCGUUGUUGCAGGAUGUUGAAGAUGUAAAGGGAGGGACGUUUUGA